AUGUCGAUGUUUGUUUUCCUUGCUGCAUUAGUGUUAGCAGCCAUAGCAGUUCAUGUCGCUGCUCAGCGAGAAGGUUUUCUGAGCAUCGACUGCGGCCUGGAUGCCAAGUUCAGGGGGCGCAAGGACACCUACACAGACAUCGAUUAUGUCUCCGACAGCCCGUACGUCGACGGCGGGGAGAACCACAAGGUAGCCGCCGAGUUCGAUACCAGUGCCACACCCGAGGACCGCCGCACGCUCAGGAGUUUCCCGUCCGGCCUACGGAACUGCUACACGCUCCCCACCGAGAGCGGCGCCAAGUACCUGGUCCGGAUGGUGUUCUUCUAUGGAGACUACGACGGCAAGACCAGCCCGUCGUUCGAAGUUCACCUGGGAAGCAACUACUGGGACACGUUCGACGGGAGCUCUUACUGGUGGUCCGAGGCGGUGUUCAUCGCAUGGGCGAGCUGGGUGCCGGUGUGCCUCGUGAACACCGGCAGCGGCACGCCGUUCGUCAACACGGUGGAGCUGAGGCCGCUCGAAGCCACGCUUUACCCACAGGUCACCGCUGACGAGUCCAUAUCCGCCUUUGCAAGGAAAAAUCUGGGGACAAACGACACUUUAAUCCGGUUUCCCGACGAUCCAUACGAUCGCUUCUGGGAGUGGGAUCCCAACUCAUCGUGGACAAACCUUUCCACCAAGGAGCCCAUCCUGCAGGACGGCAGCUUUCCUGUGCCCAUCCCCGUUCUAGAGACAGCCGUCGCACCUGUCAACAAUGGCACGGUGCUGAACGUCAAUACAUGGAAAACGUACAAAAGGUCAUUCGAGUUUACGUUCUUCCUACACUUCAGCGACAUCCAAAACACCCAGCUCCGGCUAUUUGACCUCUACGUGAACGACGAGCAAUUGAUGGAUAAAUACAGCCCCUCCUACCUGGCCGCUGGUUAUGUGUAUUCUUCUACCUGGAGUAAGACUACAGACGGCAAGUACAAUAUCACUCUUGCAGCCAGCCCUACAUCCGUGCUGCCUCCGAUGAUCAAUGCAUACGAGGUUUACAACAACAUCCCCCACGAUACUCCGAGGACGUCCACCAAAGACUUCAACACAAUGAUGGCUAUCAAACUCGAGUAUGGAGUAAAGAAAAAUUGGAUGGGUGAUCCAUGUUUUCCGGCCAAAUAUCGAUGGAAUGGCGUGAAAUGUAGCGACUUAACUGAAAACAUUACAAGAAUAAUAUCUCUGGAUCUCUCCAAUAGUAACUUGACUGGAUUGGUAUCUGAUAACUUCACAUUUCUCACAGACCUCCAGUUUCUGGGUUUGUCCGGUAACAGUCUGAAUGGCCCAAUUCCUUAUUCCCUUUGUAAAAGGAAUGCAGGAUCGCUCGUUGUCAGGUAUGAAUCUGGAGAAGAUAUGUGCAACAAAACAAUAAGUCCGCCUCCAUCAAGAAAUAGAACAGCUAUAGUAUCUAUUUCAGUAGUGGUUCCCAUGGUGGCAGUGUCUGUACUUGUUCUUUCAUAUUUGAUCUGGAGAGUGAAGAGAAAGCCCAAAAUUUGUACACAUGAUCCACCCAAAGAAUCAGAGCUUCAGAGUGCUCCAGGAAGUACAAGAAGUCAUGGGGAUCACCUGCAGAAUACUGAGAAUCAUCGAUUCACAAGUACAAGAAGUCAGGGGGAUCACCUGCAAAAUACUGAGAAUCGUCGAUUCACGUACAUGGAGCUGCAAAAAUUUACUAACAAGUUCGAACGGUUCAUUGGACAAGGAGGUUUUGGGCUAGUGUACUACGGGCGUUUAGAAGACAAUAGUGAGGUUGCUGUCAAGAUGCGUUCUGAAUCAUCGUCUCACGGGCUAGAUGAGUUCUUAGCCGAGGUCCAUAGCUUGACAAAGGUGCAUCACAGGAAUCUAGUUUCUUUGGUUGGCUACUGCUGGGAGAAAGAUCAUUUAGCACUGGUUUAUGAGUACAUGUCUCGAGGCAAUCUUUGUGAUCAUCUGAGAGGAAAACAUGGUGAUGAGACCUUGGACUGGGCAACACGUGUACGAGUUGUGCUUGAAGCUGCACAAGGCCUGGAUUAUCCGCACAAGGGAUGCAGCCUGCCAAUAAUUCACAGGGAUGUGAAGACCAGCAAUAUUCUGUUAGGUCAAAAUCUGCGGGCGAAAAUAGCUGAUUUUGGACUUUGUAAAACCUAUCUUAGCGAAACACAGACUCACAUAUCAACCAAUGCGGCUGGAUCAGCGGGUUACUUUGACCCAGAGUACUACCACACUGGCAGGCUCACUGAGAGCAGCGACGUUUACAGCUUCGGUGUCGUUCUACUGGAGAUAGCUACUGGCGAGCCUCUGAUACUGCCAGGCCAUGGCCACAUUGUUCAGCGCAUGAAACAGAAGAUGGCCACAGGUAACAUCACCUCAGUCGCCGAUGCAAGGCUCGGUGGUGCCUACGAGGUUACCUCCAUGUGGAAACUAGUCGACACUGCCAUUGCGUGUACAGCAGAUGCUGCUGUCGGAAGGCCAACAAUGGCAGCCGUGGUGGCACAGCUGAAGGAGAGCAUUGCAUUGGAAGAAGCCCGUGUGGACAGCGCUGUCAGGGUAAGCCCGGUGAGUGAUACCGUGGCCUUAGUGUCCACAUUUAGCCCAUCGGCAAGGUGA